AUGGCCAAUCAUCGAGACCCUCGCUUUCUGCACAACCUUUCCUACCACCCACGAUGGCAGCAUAACUCAUUAAAAGUGAAAAGAAAAAGGCAUAUGCGGACAGUGGCUUCAAACAUUUGCAAUGAACAUAGUCAGUUUAAAUCAUUAGAAUCUUUGUCAUCAAAACCACAGUUGCCAUGUUCCCCUGCGCAACGCUACAGGAGCUACCGGCCAAUCUGGUUUCUUCUUCCCUUACUCAUGGUCUCGUUUCUUCCCUGUCAAGCCUGGGCAGCCACUUUCAAGAUAGCCCUGGUUGGACCCUGGACGUGUGACCUCUUGUACUCCAAAGCCCUUCCUGAUCUUGCAGCGCGACUAGCCACUGCCCGCAUAAACAAGGACCCCUACCUCAACAAAGGCUACUGGUAUGACUACACACUGAUCAGCGAAGACUGCAAGUCAUCCCGAGCACUUGCUCGAUUUGCCGAACUGGAAGGUUAUGGUGCUGCCAUCCUUGGUCCGGCCAACCCAGGCUACUGCUCCUCAGCUGCUUUGUAUGCAAAAGAGUGGGAUGUUGGGAUUCUUUCCUGGGGUUGCCUCAAGCCCAACAUGGAAAAAGGAGGCAUGUAUCCCACCUACCUGCGGCCGCUACCUUUGUCCUCGCAUGUACUUUUCUCAGUCUUGCGCUACUUUCGUUGGGCUCAUGUGGCCAUCAUCUCAGAGGAGACAGACUUGUGGGAAUCCACAGGACAGGAGCUGGCCUCAUCACUGAGGGCCCUUGGCCUGCCUGUGAGCCCUGUGGUCACCAUGGAGGAUGACAAAGAUGGGCCUAGGAGAGCCCUGUCAAAAAUUAGAGAUGCAGACCGGGUCAGAGUGAUCAUCAUGUGCAUGCCCUCUGUCCUGAUUGGUGGACAAGCCCAGUACCAACUAUUGACAACGGCCUUGGAUAUGCGUAUGAUCGACCGUGGCUACGUGUUCAUCCCUUAUGACACCCUACUCUAUGCAUUACCCUACAAGGACUCACCCUACUAUAUGCUUGGCAAUGACACCAAGCUAAGGAAAGCCUAUGACGGAGUCCUUACCAUCACUAUGGACUCUGGAGAGCGCAAUUUCUACGAGGCCUUCAGAGAUGCCCAAGACAGCUAUGAAAUCCGUAGCAGCACCACACCAGAGCAGGUUUCACCAUUUUUUGGCUCAAUCUACAACAUGAUGUACUACACAGCUAUGGCUACUGAGCAAGCCCGCGAAAGUGGAGGUCGCUGGGUAACUGGUCACAUCCUGGGUGAAAGCAGGGGCAACAUAGAAUUUCAAGGCUUCAAUCAGCCAUUGAGGGCUGGCAAAGACGGUGAAGGCAUGCAGGCUAACUAUGUCGUCCUGGACUACAGUGGCAUUGGCUCCUUUCUCUAUUCCACUCACUCUCUACAGGCCAUGCACACAGACGGCGGGGUGGGCAGUUUGAAAUACCUCAGCCGUUCGAUUCAUUUUGCAGGUAGCACGCCCUACACAGACUCAGGCUGCUGGUUUAGCCCAUACUUUGCCUGCAGUGGAGGCAUGGAUACAGUCACUCUCCUCUUUCUUUUCCUCAUAUUCAUUGCAUUGUCCGGAUGUGGAAUGAACGUCUUUAUGCGUUACAAGAAAAUGGGCAGGGUUGGGUUUAGCUUUGGGGGUAGCAGUGGAUCAUCAAAGGUAGUCCUGACCCUUGACGACCUAGUCUUCAUCAACACUCAAGUCAGCAAACGGAAGCUCAAUGACGAUAGCAUCAUGAAAAGCCAGCUUGAUAUGAAGACACCACACCACUCAGUAUCCGGUCGCAGCUAUAUGGCCUCAACACCUGACAGCUCAAAUGUUGCUGUGUUCGAGGGGGACUGGGUUUGGUUGAAGAAAUGCCCCAAUGGAUCUGUAUCAAGUGUCAACAAUAGCACGGAGUAUGUCUUUGUUAGGCUAAGAGACAUGAGGCAUGAAAACCUGAAUCUGUUCCUGGGCCUGUUCUUUGACUCUGGGAUCUUUGGCAUUGUGACUGAGCAUUGCACCAGGGGCAGCUUGGAAGAUCUGCUCAGCAACGAUGAAGUGCGUCUUGACUGGAUGUUCAAGUCGUCCCUGCUAAUGGAUCUGAUACGAGGAAUGAAGUACCUGCACCAUCGUGACGUCAUCCAUGGACGCCUCAAAUCCCGUAACUGUGUCGUAGAUGGUCGCUUUGUAUUAAAGGUGACAGAUUACGGGUUCAAUGAAAUAUUAAUCGCCCAAAGCAUUGACAAUGACGACGAAAAGCCAGAGGAGCUACUAUGGACGGCUCCAGAGCUGCUGCGAAGUUCUAGCCAAAGGAGGCGGGGCACUUUCUCGGGAGAUGUCUACAGCUUCGCCAUUGUCUCACAAGAAGUCAUCUCUCGCUCUGCACCUUUCUGCAUGCUGGACAUGCCACCAAAGGAGAUCAUCAACAAGGUCAAAGACCCUCCUCCUUUGUGUCGGCCAACUCUGUCAGUGGAUGAGGCUCCGCUGGAUGUAAUACAAGUUUUGAAACAGGCCUGGAGUGAAGAGCCAGACAAGAGGCCUACCUUCGAGGAAAUCUUCAAACAGUUUAAGAGCAUCACAAAGGGAAAGAAGACCAACAUCAUUGACUCUAUGCUGCGCAUGUUAGAACAGUACUCCUCCAACCUGGAAGAUCUGAUUAGAGAGAGGACAGAGGAGCUGGAGGUGGAGAGACAGAAGACUGACAAACUGGUGGCACAGAUGUUACCAAAGUCUGUGGCUCAAUCGCUGAAGACAGGUAAGCCAGUCAAGCCAGAGCACUUCGGCGAGGUAACGCUAUACUUCAGUGACAUCGUGGGCUUCACCACCAUCUCGGCUCUCAGUGAACCCAUCGAGGUGGUCGACUUACUCAACGACCUCUACACACUUUUUGAUGCCAUCAUUGGACUGCAUGAUGUCUACAAGGUGGAAACUAUUGGAGAUGCCUACAUGGUGGCCUCAGGAGUCCCCAAUAGAAACGGCAACCGUCAUGCUGCUGAGAUGGCUAACAUGUCUCUGGACAUCCUCCACUGCAUCGGGACCUUCAAGAUGAGGCACAUGCCUGAACUGAAAGUCAGGAUCCGCAUCGGCCUGCACUCCGGUCCCGUGGUGGCAGGAGUGGUGGGUCUUACGAUGCCAAGGUAUUGUCUGUUUGGAGACACUGUCAACACAGCAUCUCGAAUGGAGUCCACAGGGUUGCCUUACAGAAUCCAUGUCAAUCAAAGCACAGUUGAUAUCCUGAAUGAACUGAAGUUGGGAUACAAAAUUCAAUGCAGAGGCAUGACGGAGUUAAAGGGAAAAGGUGUUGAGAACACAUUUUGGCUGGUAGGGAGGGAAGAUUUCACCAAGCCUCUUCCUAUUCCUCCAGACACUCAAGGGGGAAGCAAUCAUGGAAUCAGUUUAGAGGAGGUACCUCCUGAUAGAAGACAAAAAUUCCUGGACCGACAGAAGAAGAUGGGCUAGCAAGUCCCCCCCCAAUCCCAAAAUAAAAAGUGAGAUUUUUCAGAAAGGACCCACAGAGAGAAACAUAAAGGAGGGGUCCACAUCUCACUGCAGAGUACUUUACC